UAAUAUUUGAUAUGUACGGUGAUAUUUCUCGCAAUAAAUUCUUUACGGUAUUUUAAUUUCGUGCUUGUUAGCGUUAAAGUAUUAUUAAAAUGUUUGCCGUGAGAUUACGUAUUCCGGUUUGAGAGUUUUAUGACUGUGUUUCAAGUCCGGCAAAUAAUCGAUGCGCAGUUUGCAUGAGCUGAGAAAUGUAAAAUUAUUUUUAGGGAUCUUAUUCAAGAUCUGCUUUUAACCAAUAUAAGAGUCCACAUCACUCGUUUAUGAAAGACAAUUAUUCCUGCCGCUGAUUCGUUCACGAUACAUAUUUUUUUUAUACAUGAAGAUUCAUGACAAUCUUCUCUUAUCUUUAAACCAAUUAUUUAAAGAUGUAAAAAAUCUCCAGUAGCGGGAUUUUCUUGUAUAAGAUUUUGAUUUCUCGGAUACGUUGACAUCGAUGUAAUUUUCUGUGUUGUAAAUGUAAAAUUCAAUUAAUCCAGAAGUAGAAUGUAAUGCGGACGACCGGUGCAUCCUAGAAGCUGGGAUGCAUCACUAUAGUCGCAACUAUAGUCUUGCCCGUCCCUGAGAGCAGGGAGGAAUGCGGUGGUACGGCAGUUAGAAACUUUUGUAGUGCCGGACGGGUCUACUUUUUUACGGGCAUCCCUCGAGACUUCUAUAAGUACGGGGAGACCAAGCUGGCGCGCGCACUUAUACGAAGUAUCGUUCCCGAGUGCAUCCGCGCGCAGAAUCUCCUCGUCCGAAAGUCGUCAUGCUGCGAUUCAUCCUGCUCGCCGCUCUCGUCGGCCUGGCGUGGUCCGCGCCAGCGCCCGCACCGGCGCCCAAACCGCUCACCCUCGUCUCCGAGCUGAAGACCCCGGCGUCGACCGCCAAGCUCACGCCGUUGGUCGCGGCCCCGGUGAUCGCACCGGUCGCCCGUCUCGCCUACGCCUCGCCCAUUCUUCCGCAGAUAUCACCGUACGCUUACUAUUCCGCGCCGAUCGCGGAGAUCCCGUCGAGUUACUCGAUCGAGCAGCAUGGGUACCAUAUUACCUACUGACCGCAAAAAUCAUCGGACCGGUAGCCGUCGACCUCAGUGAAGACCGUGUGGAAGUAUAUGCGCGUAGCGGCUCGCAGCUUGUCUCCUCAUCGAUAAUCAUCAUCUAUCGUGUAACCUCAUUCACGCAAAAAAAAAAAAGAACUUGAUGAAAGUC